CCAUUCAAGUUCUUAUGCAUGGUCACCUGACCCUAUUCUUUUUCUUACCCAUCUAGAGAGAAAACUCUUCCUUGAGUCUAUGGUUGCGUACCUCCUGGACACAAGGAGCACAGAGGCUCUGAAGUUCCUGCUGACUGAAGAGGAAGCCUGGAAACAGCUUGUGGAAGGAACUGGUUUGUCCAGAGAAGAGGAAAUUUCCUUGCAUGAAGCUCUUAGUGAUAUUUUUGCAGAUCCUGAUGUAGAAGAUGGAGACAUGCUCCAAAAUGACCUGCAGGAGAAGACAGAGAGGGAUGAGGAAGAAGCCUUGAGUGAAGCUCUUGGUGACACCAUAGUGAAUAGUGAUGUAGACGAUGAAUAUGAUCUCCAAAGAGAGCUUGAGGUGCAGAAGAGGUUUUUGGAUGUUUAUCCUCAGGUGAAACUGGAGCUUGAGCAGCACAUCAGGAAGCUCCAUGACCUUGCAGACAAGGUUGACAAGGUGCACAGGGACUGCACCAUCACACAAGUGGUGGCCAGCUCCACCAGUGCUGUGUCUGAAGUCCUAAAAAUCCUCGGUUUUGCUCUUGCACCUGUGACAGCAGGAGUCAGUCUGGGACUUUCAGCCACAGGCUUGGGUCUGGGAGCAGCAGCAGCUCUGACGAGUGUUUCCACAAGCAUUGUGGAAACGGUAAGCACAGCGUCAGCGGAAGCUGAAGCCAGCCAGCUGGGGCCAACCAACCAAGACACAGCGAACACCAUUAAAGAAGUUUUGGAGAAGAGCACCCCCGGGCUUGCUUCCGUAUAUGAGAAAUCCUUCCAGGAUCUGGAAGUCAUCAAGAAGAACAUUGAUGCCAUCAAUCUGGCCAAAGCCACCCCUAGCCUAGCUAAUAAUGCCAAGCGUCUCAUGACAACUGGGGCAGUGUCAGCCCGAAAAACAAGACAGGUGCAGAAAUCCUUUGGAGGCACUGCUCUGGCGAUGACCAGAAGAGCCCGGGUCAUGGGUGCAGCCAACUCAGGCCUCUCCCUUGUGAUGGAUGUGGUCAGCCUUGUGGAAGCCUCAAAGCAUUUGCAUGAGGGUGCAAAGGCAGAUUAUGCUGCUGAGCUGAGGAAGCAGGCUCGGGACCUGGAGCAGAAGUUGCAGGAACUCAUCCAGGUCCAUGACAGCCUGACUCAGUAA